AUGGUUACCCCAAACAUAUUCUCUAUUGAACUUCAUCACGGAGGGAGUUUCACAAUGUUUCCAAAUAUCAGGUAUAUUAAUGGCCAAGUAAGGUGCUUUGAUGUUGUCGACAUUGAUGAAUUUUCUGUUCAUGAACUAGACUUGAUGAUGAGAGAAUUAGGGUAUGAUGGUACUGAAAUCAUGUAUUACCAUUUCCGUUUUCCUAAUGAAGGAUUUGACUUUGGACUCCGAGCAUUAGGUAACGAUGAUGAUGUGCGUAAUCUCUCACGGUAUGUUACCCAUAAUAACAAAAUGAUUAAAGUGUACACAGAGCAUGGUCAAACGAACUUGCUUACAUAUGUUAUGUCCCCAACUGGUCCAAGAAGGGUUAUAAUAGAAGACAUGGAUAAUCAGGGUCCUCUUAGACCAUCAUCACCUGUAGUUGCUCAUGAAGUGGUAACUCCAAUCCAAAUUGAUGUUGGUGAGGGUGAUUUAGGGUUAGCAUUAACCUUAUACAAAUCAGCAACACCUGAAUUUAGUAGGUCUAAAGGUAAGGGUGUACAAGGAUUUGCAGAUGAAUUUGUUGUAGUUGAUGCAGAAAAAGAGUUAAACAAACAGAUUGAUAUGAAUGAAGAACUUGACAUGAAAAAAUCCAAUGGUGAGGGUGUAGAAGGAUUUGCAGAUGAGGGGUACAGAGUUGUCAGGGAUAAUGAUCCUCAAGGAGUCAAUGAAUUUUCAACUAACUUCAACAUAGAUGAUGAGUUAAUGACAAACUUUCAACCUUUCGAAGGGUUUGAAGACCAAGAUAGCAUCCCAUUUAAUGGGUUUGAAGGCCAAGAUAAUAUUCCUUUCAAUGAUGAGUGGAGACAAGAGGAGCCUGAUGACAUUGAGCUUGAGAAUCAAAACAGUGAAGAUGAAGAUAGCGACUUUAUGAUUGAUGAGGACAACACAAUUGAAGAUGUUGAGGUUGACAUGGAGGAUUUCAAUCUAAAUAUUGAUACAGAAGCAGAGUUCAAUGGAUGUCCAAAUUUGGGUGGUCAAAGAAAUGAAGAUAGUGAUGAACAAGAGGAUUUGGAGGUAAUUGAUAAUGACAAGUGGGAUUCACUAAGUGAUGACUCAGGGGACAACAGGAAAAGAAGAGAAAUGAUCAAAGAGCUGGGGAAACAAACCUUAUAUUCUGCUGGUGAGGUGCACAAGGUAGCUUUUCAUAUUAGGCAGAAAUAUAAAGCCAAGAAAGAAUUGAAAGAUAAAAUUGAUAUGCAUGCUUUAGAGACACGGAGGAAUAUCUCAUUCACAAAAAACGACAAGAGUAGAUUAACAGCUGUUUGUGAUGGAACUGUAGUUUUAAAUGCAAGUGGGGUAGGUGGACCUACCUCUGGGAAAAAGAUUGAAGCUAAUCCUGGACUGCAUGUUCGUGCCUUAAAAGAGCAACUCCAAUCAACUUAUGGAGUCAGUAUUUCAGAAGAGAAAGCAUUUAGGGCAAAAGCAUUAGCCACCAAAAAUGUUGCAGGGGAUUACUGUCUUGCAGAAGAUCUUGACUUGUAUUCAAAUUCCAACUUCACCUUUAUCAGUGAUGGACAGAAGGGUCUUCUACUAGCCAUAGAACAAUUGUUCCCUAAUGCAGAACAUAGGUUCUGUAUUAGACACAUAUACCAAAACAUGAGGAUCAGAUUUAAGACUACAGAGUACAAGGAGUAUUUUUUGAGGUGUGCUUCAGCCACCACCAUACCAGAGUUUGAAGUUGUAAUGGUAGAGCUAAGGAAUUAUGAGAUAGAAGCAUAUCAGUGGCUCUUGAAAAUCCCUCCACAUCAUUGGGCUAGAAGUCAUUUUUCAGGAAGGGAAAUUUUAGACAUGUUAUUGAAUAACCUUUGUGAAGUGUUCAAUAGCAAACUUGUUCAAGGGAGAGACAAACCCAUUAUCAGUUGUUUGGAGUUCAUCAGAGAUUACCUUAUGAAGAGAGUAUGCAAUGUGAUGAAGGUGUUAAACAAGUGUCAAGGUCCAUUAACUCCAACUAGUACUAGGAUUUUGGAAGCAAACACAACACUAGUUAGUAAGUAUCAUGCACAAUGGAACGGGGGACAAAAGUAUCAGGUUAAAAGUCCAUGGAAUGAUCAACAUGUGGUGGACAUGGAAAAAAUGGAGUGUAGUUGCAGAAAGUGGGAGUUUACUGGAAUUCCUUGCAAGCAUGCAAUUGCAAGCCUAAAUGAAAUGGCAGACAAUAAUGAAAAGGUGGGAGAACUCUACACCUAUGUGCAUAAGGUGUAUUGGCUUGAUAGAUGGAAAGAGAUGUACUCCUUCAAGGUGGAGCCUAUCAAAGGUAGAGCCAUGUGGCCUAAGAGUGACUGCCCAACAACUCUUGUGCCUCCACCACACAAAAAAGCUAUAGGCAGGCCAAAAAAGAAAAGAAGGAUUACAAUAGAGGAAAGGAUUGAAAUCCAACAACGUAAGAGGCAAGCAAACCGUCAAAGUCAAAAUGAUAAUGAAACUCAAUCACUGAGCAUGAAGUUUUUUACUGUGACAUGUAGUAAGUGUAAGCAAAAGGGUCACAAUGCUAGGACCUGCAAGGCCAACGAUGGGAAUUGAUGUUUAAGUACUUUUUAUGUUUGUGAAGACUUGUUAAUGCACUUUAGUUGGUACUUUAUUGCCUUUUUUUUGGUUCCAUUUUGAUAAUAUACUUUGAGGCCCU